CACUCGCAGCAUCGCGGUAUCCGGGCGAGAUAACGCUGUGCGCCUUUAAGAGCGAUCCCUCCUGCACUAAGCCCAUCCAUCGCUCUGCUCCUAGGCGCCAUGUCGGCCAGCUCCGCGUUCAGCGAUGAGAAGGGAGGCUCGUCUAGUGUCGGGGAGCCGGAGUACGGCCACGACCCGGCCAGUGGGGGCAUCUUCUCCUCCGACUACAAGAGACACGAUGACCUGAAGGAGAUGCUGGACAGCAACAAAGACUCCCUGAAGCUGGAGGCCAUGAAGCGCAUCGUGGCGAUGAUAGCUCGCGGUAAGAAUACUUCGGAUCUCUUUCCAGCUGUGGUGAAGAAUGUGGCCUGCAAGAACAUUGAGGUGAAGAAGCUGGUGUAUGUGUACCUGGUGCGCUAUGCAGAGGAGCAGCAGGACCUGGCUCUGCUCUCCAUCUCCACAUUCCAGAGGGGUCUGAAGGACCCAAACCAGCUGAUCCGGGCCAGUGCCCUGAGGGUCCUGUCCAGUAUCCGCGUCACCAUCAUCGUCCCCAUCAUGAUGCUGGCCAUCAAGGAGGCCGCCUCUGACAUGUCUCCCUAUGUCAGGAAGACCGCCGCGCAUGCCAUCCCUAAACUCUACAGCUUGGAUCCCGAGCAGAAGGAUCAACUCAUCGAGGUGAUUGAGAAGCUCCUGGCUGACAAAACCACGCUGGUGGCAGGCAGCGUGGUGAUGGCCUUCGAGGAGGUGUGUCCGGAGCGCAUCGACCUGAUCCAUAAGAACUACCGCAAGCUGUGCAACCUGCUGGUGGACGUGGAGGAGUGGGGCCAGGUGGUCAUCAUCAACAUGCUGACACGCUACGCACGCACGCAGUUCCUCAACCCCAACCUCAACGAGUGCCUGCUGGAGGAGGGGGGGGAGAGCACCUUCUACGGCUCUGACGCAGACCAGGACGAGGACGAGGACGAGGACAAGAAGGACGAGGCGCUGUCCAAGAGGAAGCCCUACGUGAUGGACCCCGACCAUCGCCUGCUGCUCAGGAACACCAAGCCCCUCCUGCAGAGCCGCAACGCCGCCGUGGUGAUGGCUGUGGCGCAGCUCUACUUCCACCUGGCCCCUAAAGCUGAGGUGGGGGUCAUCGCCAAGGCCCUGGUCCGCCUGCUGAGGAGCCACAGUGAAGUCCAGUAUGUGGUCCUCCAGAAUGUGGCCACUAUGACCAUCAAGAGAAGGGGGAUGUUUGAACCUUACCUGAAGAGUUUCUACAUCCGUUCCACGGACCCCACCCAGAUUAAAAUUCUCAAGCUGGAGGUGCUGACCAACCUGGCCAGCGAGACAAACAUCUCCACCAUCCUGAGAGAAUUUCAGACGUACAUUAAAAGCAUGGACAAGGACUUUGUAGCGGCCACGAUCCAGGCAAUCGGUCGCUGUGCCACUCACAUUGGGGAGGUGAGGGACACCUGUCUCAACGGCCUGGUGCAGCUGCUGUCCAACCGCGACGAGCUGGUGGUGGCCGAGUCGGUGGUGGUCAUCAAGAAGCUGCUGCAGAUGCAGCCCGAGAAACACAGCGACAUCAUAAAGCACAUGGCCAAACUGACGGACAACAUCCAGGUGCCCAUGGCGCGAGCUAGUAUCCUCUGGCUCAUCGGGGAAUACUGCGAACACGUCCCCAAGAUCGCCCCGGACGUUCUGAGGAAAAUGGCCAAGACCUUCACCAACGAGGAAGACAUUGUCAAACUGCAGAUCAUCAAUUUGGCCGCCAAGCUCUACCUCACAAACUCCAAGCAGACCAAGCUGCUCACUCAGUACGUCCUGAACCUGGCCAAAUACGACCAGAACUACGACAUCCGGGACCGGGCUCGCUUCAUUCGCCAGCUCAUAGUGCCCACGGACAAGUGCGGGGCGCUCAGCAAGUACGCCAAGAAGCUGAUCCUGGCUCUGAAGCCGGCGCCCAUCCUCGAGUCUCCCUUCAAAGACCGGGACCACUUCCAGCUUGGCUCCCUGUCCCACCUGCUUAACACCAAGGCGGGGGGUUACCAGGAGCUGCCCGACUGGCCCCAGGACGCCCCCGACCCCUCCGUGCGCAACGUGGAGGUGAAGGAGUCUGUGCCUGAGUGGACCAAGUGCAGCAGCCGGGAGAAGAGGAAGGAGAAGAAGGUGGAGAAGCCGUUCUACUCCGACUCUGAGGGCGAGUCGGGGCCGACAGAGUCUGCGGACAGCGAGUCGGACUCUGCCAGCAGCUCGGCCAGCGGCAGCGAGCAGAGCGGCUCAGGGAGCGAAGAGAGCGAGGAGAGCGAGGAGCGCUCCGACUCAGAUGAGGAGGAGGAGGAGGAGGAGGAAGCCAAGAAGAGGAAGACCCAGAAGAAGGAACCCAUCGAAGCGGUGCAGCAAAGUGAAAGUGAGCAAAGCAGUGAAGAGGAAGUGAAGAAGAGGAAAGUUAGCAUACCUCCGCCGAGGAACGUGUCCGAGUCGGAGUCUGACGACGACGACGACAGCCCGUCAGACAGCAGCCAGGACUCAGAAUCUGAGGAUUCUGAGUCCGAGGCAGAGGUCAAAAAGAAAAAGAAGAUAACUCCGCCCAAAGCACCCACUAAACCAGUGAAGAAAGAGGGCAAGAAGGAGAAGAAGGAAAUGUCUCUCCUGGACUUUGACGACUUCGAGCCCACCCCCUCCCCCCAGGUGACACCCGUGGGUAACUUCCUGUCAAGCAGCCUGGUGACGGACCUUGAGGGGCUAUCUCUGACCGACACCGUGCUGUCUCCUGCCACGAUCUCUCCGUCCGGUUCACUGAAGAGCUACGAGCUGCUGCACCGCAUCACAGGGGAGGGUCUGUGGGUGGAGUACUGCUUCAGCCGCCAGCCGUUUCUCCCUGACCCCCACAUGGUGGCCGUGCAGAUCCAGUUCACCAACAGCGCCGCCACCGAGGCCAAGAGCCUGCGCCUGGAGGAGGCCAAGCUGCAGUCCGGCAUGCGGGUCAAGGAGUUCCCCGAGAUCGAGGUGCUGCCAGCAGGGGAGAGCGCUACGGUGGUGAUGGGCGUCGACUUCUGUGACUCCACCCAGGCAGCCAACCUGCAGCUCUGCACUCACAGCAGGAAGUUCUUUGUGUCCAUCCAACCCCCGGUCGGAGAGCUGAUGACCCCUUCUUUCAUGACAGAGAACGAGUUCAAGAAAGAGCAAGGUCAGCUGAUGGGCAUGAACGAGAUAACGGAGAAGAUGCAGCUGCCCGAGAGGUGUCAGAAUGAGCACGCCAUUGUCCAGAGGGUGACAGCCGCGGCUAACCUCAGCAGGGUGCCUUGUGGCUCGGAUAAGGAGUGCAGGUUUGCUGGGCGCACCGUGACCAGCGGCAGCCUGGUGCUAGUCACCGUGGCGACCAAAGAGAGCGGGCCGUCCCAGUUGACCAUCAACUGCGAGAAGAUGGUGAUCGGCACCAUGCUGGUGAAGGACAUCCUGCUGGCGCUGACCCAGUGACCCCGCGGCCACCCCUCCUCUCACCCCCACCCUACGUACCGUAACACCACCCGCUGACCCAGUGACCCCGCAGUCACAUGACCCCUCUUCUCACCCUACGUACCGUAACACCCCCUACGCGGUGGUUCUCCCGCUGGAAGUUGUGUCAGUGUGAAUAAACCCAAGUUAUUUAUUGUUUGACUUGUUUUCCCUCUAAAGAUGUCCCCUUUACCUCGGCUUUGUGAAACAACUCUAGUAGAUAGAAAUUGAAAUAAAGCGUGACUG